AUAUUCACGUGAACAAUGGAGGUGAACCAGAGCAAAAUGAUCACGCUGAAUAGUUCAAACCAUCAGCUGUGGAAGGGGAAAAUGGAAGACCUUCUUUAUGUGAAAGAAUUUCAUGAGCCUGUCUUUUCAGAGCAAAAGCCAGACAGCAUGAAGAAUGAAGAAUGGAGGCUACUCCAUAGGCAAGUGUGUGGAUUUAUUCGGCAAUGGAUUGAUGAUAGUGUGCUGAAUCAUAUCAAUGAUGAAACUGAUGCACGCACACUAUGGACAAAGUUAGAUCAGCUUUUCCGGGCGAAGACUGGGCAGAAUAAAUUGUGCCAUAUAAAGAAAUUAAUGUACUCAAGGUACAAAGAUGGCACUCCCACAGCAAACCAUGUUAAUGAUUUCCUUGGCAUCAUCAAGGAGUUAGCUAAUUUGGGCAUAAACUUUGAUGAUGAAGUUAAUGGUCUGAUUCUUCUCAACACCUUGUCGGAAUCAUGGGAGAGUUUUAGAUCAACAACAAUCAACUCAUCUCCUGGUGGUCAAGUCACACUGGAAAUUGCCAAAAACAGGAUCUUUGAAAAGGAAAAAAGAAUGCGGGCACUUGGAGUCUUCUCGCAACCAGAUACUCAAGCUCUUGUCACGAAGAAUAGAGGCAGGAGUAAAACCAGAAAACCCAGAGGACGAGGAGGCAAAUCCAAAUCAAAGUCCAAAAGUGGAGUGAAAUGCUAUCAUUGUGGCCAGUUAGGCCACAUGAAAAGGAAUUGCUACUUGUUGAAAGGAAAAGACAAGAAAAAGGUUGAAGAUAGCAAUACAACCGUUGUAGCAUCUACCAGUGGCAGUGACGUGACUCUACUAUGUAAUCGUGGGGAGUGCUGCCAUGUAGAAAACUCGGAUGCUGAGUGGAUAAUUGAUUCUGGUGCCUCUUAUCCUUGUGUUCCCAAAAGGGAAUAUUUUUCAACAUACAAAGCAGGAGACUUUGGCACCAUAAAAAUGGGAAACAAGAGUGUUUCUCAUAUUAUGGGAGUUGCACUGGAUGAAGAAGGAUACGCACACUACUUCGGGAAUGGCAACUGGAAACUCACCAAAGGAUCAAUGGUGGUGGCAAAAGGGAAAGCAUGUUGCUCAUUAUACAAGACACACAUGAAAAUGUGUGGAGGUCAACUGAACAAAGUUGAAGAUGAGGCUUCUCCAAAUUUAUGGCAUAAUAGAUUAGCUCACAUGAGUGAAAAAGGAUUGCAACUUUUGGCUAAGCAGUCCCUUAUUCCCAUGGCCAAAGGUGAAUAUGUGAAUCCUUGUGAUGUUUGCCUAUUUGGAAAGCAACACCGAGUUUUUUUUCAGAAGAAUUUGACUCGGAAGAAGAACAAGCUAGACUUGGUCUACUCUAACGUUUGUGGUCCCUUGGAGCAUUACCAUGAUAUGGUGGAAAGGGAGACAAGGUUGAAGUUGAAAUGUCUCCGUACAGAUAAUGGAGGGGAGUACACCUCCAAAGAAUUCAGAGACUACUGUUCCAAGCAUGGCAUGAGGCAUGAGAAGACAGUUCCUGGCACACCACAACACAACGGUGUUGUAGAACGGAUGAACUUCAACACAGCAGUGUAUCUGAUCAACCGGUCACCUUCAAUUCCUUUGAACUUUCAAAUCCCAGAGAAAGCUUGGACGGAAAAGGACGUUGGAUACUCUCACUUGAGAGUGUUCGGGUGCAAAGCAUUUAUGCAUGUGCCAAAGGAACAUAGAUCAAAGCUGGAUGAUAAAGCCAUUCCAUGCAUUUUUGUUGGAUAUGGUCAUGAGGAGUUUGGCUACAGACUAUGGGACCUAGAAAAGAAGAAAACUGUCAGAAGUAGAGAUGCCGUGUUUCAUGAACACGAGAAAAUUAAUGAUUUGAAGGAGGACAAAGCUACAGGAAGCUCUGGAGAGGGUGCAGAAGAUUUAACACCGGCAAAAACUCCUUCAAGAAAAAUUACAGAUGGAGAAGAGGUGCAAGCACCAGAAGAUGAGACAGAGGAGCCAACAAUUGAAGAAGAUGAAGCAAGUAUAGAUGGGGGAAAUGAUGAGCAGGGGGAGCAACCCUUGCCACAGAAGGAAGAACCUCAGUUGAGAAGGUCCACCAGAGAGCACAAACCAUCUGCAAGAUACCCAAGUUCUGAUUACAUCUUGAUCAUUGAAGAGGAGGAACCGGAGAACUUCCAGGAGGUACAGUCUCACCAAGACAAAGACUGCUGGAUGAAAGCCAUGCGAGAAGAAAUGAACUCCCUGCACAAGAACAAUACUUAUGAGCUUGUGGAACUUCCCAAAGGAAGAAAAACCCUGAAAAACAAGUGGGUAUUCAAGCUCAAGAAAGAUGGUGACAAGAUAGUCAGAUAUAAGGCUCAAUUGGUGCAAGCAUGAAUCUUGAGCUUGAGCAAUUAGAUGUGAAAACUGCAUUUCUUCAUGGUGACUUGCAUGAGGAAAUUUAUAUGGAUGAGCCAGAAGGUUUUGAAGAACAAGGGAAGGAGCAUAUGGUUUGCAAAUUGAAGAAGAGCUUGUAUGGACUAAAG